AUGGCAGAAGGCCCACUUCCGAGUCAGCUUCCCUCUGAGACGUCUGACCAAGACUCAGAUAAGCAAGCCAGCAAGCAAAGGGAUCCCUGUGUGGAACAAAAAGACUCAGUGGAAGUAGAUGAGCCUAAAGGGCCAGACCAGUCUGCCAAAACCAUCGCGUACGUGAGGCCCAGGAGGUAUGAGCCCACGGAGCCUGCGGGGCCAACUGAAGCUGCACAACAGCACGCUCGGAGAGGACACAGCCAAGAACAAGGAGCUCACUCUGGAAGCUGGAGGCCGAGGUGGAGGCAGAGGAGUCAGUGGACAGAGAUAGGCGGCCACUCACAGGCAGCCUUCCAGGAGUGGCAGGAGCCCUCUCAGGGACUGGCUCUGCAACCAUACUUUCGCCGCAGUGAAGGGCCACACCCGGGCCUGGGAACAGGGCCUGUCAUGAGCUUGUACCCUAUCUUUACUCCAGUGGUCCCAGUGCCGGGGCGGAUAGUCCAGUGGAUACCCAUGUUUUAUGGGUGCUGGGUUGUCAUGAGGUACCAGAUCCUGGCUACCUACCCCUACACUACCUACAUCCCCGUGGCCAGCGUAACCCCGUACUUCGUGCCAUUCAGCGCCCCCUUGUUCUUCACCUACAAUCCUUGGUGA